UUUACAUGCUUCAGCCUUUACAGUGAUUGCUUCACAGUCCAUUACUGCCUGCUGUGUGGACAUGAAGGGGAAAAUCAGUAGACGCUGAAUGACUUGAAUGGACGUUACGUUUCUGCAUGGAUCUGAUCUAUUUAAUUUCCAAAGCAAAAAUGUGGAUAUCUGCAGUGCUGCUUGUUUUUCUGUUGGUGCCAGCUCACUUACAGGAAGAAUGUAAGGGGAGCUCGUGUCACCCCACCCUAGGUGAUCUUAUGGUGGGCCGUGCUGCUCAACUCUCCGCCUCAUCCACAUGUGGCCUAAAAAGGCCCCAAAACUAUUGUAUCCUGGGAUAUCUGGAGGAUGAACAGAAAUGUUUCACCUGUGACUCAAGGAGCCCCUACAAUCGAUACAACAACCCUACUAGCCAUCAAAUUGAAAAUAUCAUUACCACCUUUGAGCUAGAGCGUAAGAUGAAAUGGUGGCAGUCUGAGAACGGUGUGCAUCAUGUCAGCAUUCAACUAGACUUGGAGACUAUGUUUCAGUUUAGCCACUUAGUCAUGACAUUCAAGAGUUUCAGACCUGCUGCAAUGCUGGUGGAGAGGUCAAAGGAUUUUGGUCACACUUGGAAGGUGUAUCGAUACUUUUCUGAUGACUGUGUUACCAACUUCCCAGGAAUCUCAGAAGGCCCCGCAGAAACUAUAGAUGAUCUUAUUUGUGACAGCCGCUACUCUGGAGCUGAGCCUUCUACUGAUGGCGAAGUGGUGUUAAAGGCUUUGGACCCUAACUUUGAUAUUGAAAAUCCAUUCGACCCUGCCAUUCAAGAGCUCAUCACCAUGACUAACCUGCGAGUGAACUUUACACGUUUGCUCACACUGGGUGAUGACUUGUUGGGGAGGAAAAGGAGGCACCCACAGGAGAAAUACUACUAUGCCCUCUAUGAUAUGGUGGUCAGAGGGAGCUGUUUUUGCAAUGGCCACGCCAGCCAAUGUAUGCCUGUUUACAACACACGUGGAGAUACCCUGAAUGAACCUGGCAUGGUUCACGGUCGAUGUGUGUGUCAACAUAACACUAUGGGAAACAACUGUGAAAAGUGCCAGGAUUUUUACAAUGACUCCCCCUGGAGGCCAGCUGGGAGCACUGACCCACAUGUUUGCAAAAGGUGCAAUUGCAAUGGCCACUCUGAGCGAUGUCACUUUGACCAACAGCGCUACAUAGCCACUGGACAGGUCAGUGGUGGUGUGUGUGAUGACUGUAGAAAUAACCGCAUGGGCGCUCAGUGUGAGCUCUGCAAACCACACUAUUACAAGGACCCCCUGCGUUCUCAAAAUGAUCCGCAUGGCUGCAUACCUUGCACCUGCCACUCUGACGGGUCUGUGGAUGGUGGGCUGUGUGAUCCAGUGAGUGGUCAGUGUGUGUGUAAACAGAAUGUAGAGGGUGAACACUGUGACCGAUGCAAGAUUGGAUACUAUAGUCUCAGCCAGGAUAACCCCAAGGGCUGUCAGAGUUGUAUGUGUAACUUCUUGGGCACUAUAAACACCUCCCCAUGUGACCAGAACACAGGACAAUGUAAUUGUAACCACUUGGCCCAAGGACCAGAAUGUGACCAGUGUAUACCAGGCUACUGGGGACUAGGAAAUACAGUUUAUGACUGUCUACCUUGUGACUGCGACAUCGGAGGAGCUUUCACUACUCUGUGUAUCUCAGACAAUGGCCAGUGUCAAUGCAGAGCCAAUAUGGUGGGACGUCGCUGUAGCGAACCUGAACCUGGUUACUUCCUGGCCCCCAUUGAUUUUUAUCUCUAUGAGGCUGAAAGUGCUGUUCCUCUGGACACCAAAUGCUUCUCUGACCUGGUUGUACCUCCCCUGUAUCCUACUCCAUCUCGUCCACUUCCCUACUGUCCCCCAGGAUCAAAGGCUCGUGAGCCUACACCGCCACCUUAUUACGAACCUGAGCCUACAGUGCAGGAGACAUAUGACCCCUACACCUCUGAACCUUCCGUUUAUGAGAAUGUUUGGCCUCCUGUAGCAUAUCAGACUUUACCUCCUGCUGUCACUCUACCGAGCUGUGUGAACUACUUCAAAAGCAGAGGCUAUGAUGUAGAAUUCAGGGAUGGGAGAUUUGUAGCGGUUAAGCGUGAGGGCCGUCGAAAACGAAGACAAGGCCAGAGUACCAUUUCCCUGCAACCAGGAUUCCUCCAUCAGGUCAUCCUACGACCACAUACCCCAGAUGAACUUAUUACUUGGACUGGACCAGGAGUGGUGCGGGUUCAAGAUGGAGCAGGACUCCGAUUCAUUAUCACCAACAUCCCACUGACUCUUAACUAUCAUCUUGUUGUUCGGUAUGAGCUGGAGAACACAGAUGGAUGGACAGCCACAAUAAAAAUUGUGCCAUUAGGAUCUCCUGAUGAAAACUGUCCAUUUGAUCCAUCAGAGAAAACCUUUAUGCUUCCUAUCACUAGCAGGGCAGCCAUGUUGGAUCCUUCUGUAUGUCUCAGUUCUGGUGUGAGGUACUAUGUGGAUAUCACUUUUGAAAAUCCAGACCCUUAUUGCAGCUCACAUAUUCUAAUCGACUCUAUGGGACUUAUUCCAAAGAUGGAGUCUCUGCCAAAUUUCUGCUCUGAUGCAGACCUGGCUCAGUACCAGCAGUAUCGCUGUGUGGAAUUGGGUGCACAGGUAGGAGAACAUACCCUACCUGAGGUGUGUGAAAAACUGGUAGCCAGCAUGUCAGCAUACAUCCACAAUGGUGCAAUUCCUUGUAGAUGCAAUCAUGUGGGAUCACUUAGCUCAGCCUGUAGUAAAUUUAACGGACAAUGCAACUGCAAACCCAAUGUGGUUGGCCGCUGUUGCGACACCUGUGCUCCUUUGACCUAUGGGUUUGGACAAAAUGGCUGCUCACCAUGUAACUGUGAGCCACUCGGUUCCAAAGCUGAGUUCUGUGACCAUAAAACUGGACAGUGCCAAUGCCAUAAUGGAGUCACAGGUAGACAAUGUGAUAGGUGUCUGCCUGGAUAUUAUAGUUUUCCUAACUGCAAACCUUGUCAGUGUAAUGGGCUGGCUGACCACUGUGAUGACUCUGGAGUGUGUCUAAACUGCAGGGGGCAUUCAGCUGGAUCCCACUGUGAAAGGUGUGUUGAAGGUUACUUUGGCGAUCCAGUACUAAGGCAACCCUGCAAGACAUGCAUGUGUCCAGGCAUAAUAGGCAGUGGUCGUUUCUUUGCUGACUCCUGCAGAGGGGACACAAAUUCAAUAACCGUGGCCUGUCAAUGCAAGACGGGGCAUCAAGGCUUACGCUGUGAUAAGUGUGCACCUGGUUACUACGGUAACCUGCUUUUACCAGGCGCUAAUUGUAAAGAAUGCCCCUGCAACAACAACAUUGAUCCCAGUGAUGGCGAGGCAUGUGAUCCUAUAACUGGAGAGUGUCUUCGCUGCUUGCGUAACACCUUUGGGCCUCAGUGCCAGACCUGUAAGCCAGGAUAUCAUGGGAAUGCACUGCUCCAGGACUGCAGAGAAUGCUCAUGUGACCAGCAAGGCACAGACAUAUCUAAAUGCCCACUGGGCGGCCCCUGCAUUUGUGAUGAGGUGACCGGGCAGUGCCCAUGUCGUCGUGGUGUGGUAGGCAUUCGGUGUGAUCGCUGUGAGGAUGGAUACUGGAAUAUGAGUGGAAUUUCAGGGUGUCAGCCCUGUAACUGUCACACAGGCCAUUCUGUCAAUAAUCUUUGUGACAAGAUUACUGGGCAGUGUCCUUGUGAAACAGGAUAUGGUGGUAAACAGUGCAUGGAGUGUGCAGCCAAUCAUUUUGGAAACCCUGACAUUCAGUGCAUUUCCUGUGACUGUGAAAUGCAGGGCUCUAUUUACCCAGGCUGUGAUCCUGACACUGGUGAAUGUCUGUGUCGGGCUGGAGUAAGUGGCAAUUUCUGUGAAAAGUGUGCCCCAGGAUAUGAUCCAAUCUUCCCUAUGUGCGAGCCAUGCCACCCUUGUUACCAUCAAUGGGAAAAAAAUGCCACAGACAUUACACAGGCUAUGGAAAUCAUGCAGUCGGUGCUCUCGAAACAUGGUGGAAAUCUGUUACAUAGCGACAAGCGACACCAAGAAAAAAUACAAAAGUUAAAUGAGAAGCUUAGGAGCCUGGUUAGCAUGCUAGGCAAUGACCAGGUUGGCCUGAAAAGCAUAGCGAAUUUCCUGAAUCAAAUCAGGAACUUAACAGAGACCACUGAUCCAAACACAAUAAUUAUUGAUCCAUCUAAUUUGCUGGAAAGUGAAAUUGAUAACAUUCAUCAUGAGUUCAAGAGGCUACUGGAUGAUCUGCAAAAGAAAAUUAAAGACUCCCAAAAAGUAGAUCUAGGAGAGAUAACGGAUGCACUGGAGAAAAUCCGUAAUCUCCAUAAUGACUUCCUGAAAGAUGAAGAACGGGUGAAGAAGGCAAGAAAUAAUAUAGAUGCUUCCAGGCAGACCCGACAGGACACAAAAAAAGAACUGGCUAAAUGCCAGUUGAGGCCCUUGGAUGUACUGGAGAGGAAGGUCAAAGAGCUCAGUGUGACCAAACUUAAUGAGGAGAUUUGUGGUGCACCAAGUGAUGCAGAGUGUGAAAAGGCUGUGUGUGGUGGUGCUUUGUGUGGGAAGUGUGGCGGACCAUCGUGUACAGGAAGUCUUCCUGUUGCCCUCAACGCUACAGAAACAGCAAAGAAGAUCAAAGCAGGCAUUCGAAGCCUCCUCCAAAAUCUGACUGGAGCGGAUACAAAGAUCAAUGACAUCAAAAAUAUAAAUAACGAUGUGAAAAACAAAGCCCAGAACAUGAUGAAUAAAAUCAUCAAGAGUAAGAACAAGUUUGAAAAGGCCAAGAAUGACACUAAAAAACUCAUAGAAAGUGUCAGGGAGUACCUCAGAGCCGAGGCAAUGGAACCGGACGACAUUGAUAAGGUAGCCUCUGCCGUGUUGGAUAUUAAGCUUCCCAGUUCUCCAGAUGAGAUCAAGAAGAUGAUUGAGGAUAUUCAGAAAAUGAUGAAAAACUUCACACACAUUACAGAAGACCUGAAGGACUUGGAGGAUAAGGCCAAAUUAGCCGAGGACUUAAAAAACAAGGCUAAUGAAAUCCUGAACAGAACUAAGGACACAGAUGUUGGAUACAUAGAAAAAGUCCUGAAUGAUACUGCCAAACUCCAAGACAAGAUAAAACAGAAGCUGAAUGAAUCCGAAGACAACAUAAAUGCUACCACUGAAUUACUUGACCAGACUGGUGUAAAACUAAAGAAUGUUGAAGAAGAUUUAGGCACGCCUAGGACAAAAACACUUGAAGAACAAAUUGAGGCUCUGAAAAAUAAAACAGAAAUGAAUAGAGCUCAGGCAUUGGAGGCAAAAAUUGCAGCUGAUGCAGCAUUAGCCAAUGUUACAGAGGCUAACAAGGAUCUUGGAGAUGUAGAGGAGCAGUUAGAAAAACUGAAAAACAUCUCUCAGGGACUAAAUGAUACAAGAACUGAGCACCUGAAGAAAAUAAAAAAGGAGGCUGAAAACAUGGCGAAAGAUGUUGAAUCUAAAAUGAAUCAAAUUGAAGUCUUGGAGAAAAGGAUUCAAAAUGCAGUACUACAUAAAAUGAAUAAAAUCAAAGAAUUGGAAGUUCUGUUGGCAGAAGCGAUGAGCUUGAAAGAAUAUAUUGCUGAGAAAGCGGACAAUUAUUCGCAGUGUGGCACCUAAGCCUGCAGAUGUCUCCGUCUUCACCGCAACUAGAUGCAAUGCCGUGUCUUGAUGGCUUUGGUUUUAAUGUUUUCUUGUUUAAAAAGAAAGAACUAAUUGCCAAAACCUAGAGAUUCUUUAUUGGUGCUACUUGAUUAAUGACUUUCCACUGUGUGUUAUAUUAAACAUGCUGUUUUUUGUUUUAUCAGUUCCAAACACUAUAUAGAAGAGAACAAAUACUUUGUUAUGCAUUAUUGUAGAACCUUCAUUUUUCUUUGUUACAUUUAGUUUUGUCAUAAAUAACUGCAACUAUUUUACUAAAUUAAUGACUACUGUUUUAUCUAGCUUUAUAUUUACGUAUUCUUAUGUUUUAGUAUAUCAUCUCUAUGAUCUUUUAGAGCUUCAUGAAUUAAAAGUCUUUGUUAUUGGUGUAUGCCAAUUGUCCAGCUUUGGAUUCUUAUUCUGUUUAAACUAUGUAGUAUGUAAAUUUUCAUUCUAAUACAAUUAGAUGAAAACAAGAAUUAGGUGUAAUAAGAUUAAACCAACAUUCAGCUUUGGAUGCAUGCUGAUUUCAAAUGUCAAUAGCUAAAGGACCUGGCAAUCUCUACCUUUUGUUCUGUGGUGUGAACAACCAGGCCAUUUCUAUUCAGUUGCAUUUGCUUUACCCUAGUUCAUCAUGUGUGAACUUUGAUACUUUCUAGUUACCCUAGCGGACCUUUGCACUUAUUCAUAUAUUUUAAUUCCCAGUUUCUAAGAAAUAAUAACCAUUCUACCGUCUAAUUACAACAUAAAUUGUUAUGGUAUUUCCACAAAGUCCUAUAAGAAUUACAUUUUGUCUGUCUUUUUUUAAUUGCUGAGGGCAGCAAGAUCGUAGGACCCCAAAAGGAUUAAAUAUUAAAUAUUAUUUCCGCUCAUUCAGUGAAAUUCUAAAAAAACAGUUAAGACUAUUUGUGUUAUUUGGCUCUUAACAUACUUAUUUAUUUAAAUCACGUUUUGCUAAGAUUGAAAUUUUUGUAUACAGAUACACUUUCAACCCAUAAAGGAUUUAGCUUAGCCCCAGAGCAAAUUGACAGUUUAAGGGACGUGGAACCUCGUCUUAACACAAUUUUAUAUAUUUUUUAAACAGAAUAAUAAUAAUAAUAAUAAUACAAAAUCUACAAAUCACUUACUGGUAACUCCUGCAGAGCUGAAAUCAAAAUAGCAACCUUUUUAAGUUGGUUUAUGUAAACAAUGGAAAGCUAUGGGAAUAUUUGUAUUUGUCCUGUAAGUAAAUGAUAGUUUACUAAAAGAGUUUACAAAUCUUUAACAGUAACAGCAUGGGCCAGUAACCCUGCUAUGGAAAUUGGCCAAACACAUUUAGGUAACACAAUAUCUUCAA